CGCGAGGAGCGCGGCGCGGCCGCCGCGUGCGCGAGCCGGGUUGCAGCCCAGCCGGGACUUUCCAGCCGGCGGCGGCGGCGGCCGCCGGCCCUUCCCCGCCCCCCGACAUGGGGCUGCCCGGGGAGCAGGACGCUGCGGACCGCGGCGGAGGACGCGCCCGGCGCCCCUGAGCCGGUCGGCGGCGGACCGCGGGAAUUUCUCUUUUCUGAAAUGGAGUCGAGUAAAAAGAUGGACUCCCCUGGUGCCCUGCCGACCAACCCACCGCUAAAACUGCACCCUGACCGCACCGCCGGGACACCAGUGUUCGUCCCCGAACAAGGAGGUUACAAAGAGCGGUUCGUGAGGACCGUGGAAGACAAGUACAGGUGCGAGAAGUGCCGCCUGGUGCUGUGUGACCCGAAGCAGACAGAGUGUGGGCACCGCUUCUGUGAGACCUGCAUGGCUGCUUUGCUGAGCUCCUCAAGCCCGAAAUGUACUGCGUGUCAAGAAGGCAUCAUUAAAGAUAAGGUGUUUAAGGAUAAUUGCUGCAAGAGAGAGAUUCUGGCUCUUCAGAUAUAUUGUAGGAAUGAAAACAGAGGUUGUGCAGAGCAGUUAACACUGGGGCAUCUGCUGGUGCAUUUAAAAAAUGAUUGCCAGUUUGAAGAGCUUUCAUGUGUUCGUGCUGACUGCAAAGAAAAGGUACUAAGGAAAGAUCUGCGUGACCACGUGGAAAAAGCCUGUAAAUACCGCGAGGCAACAUGCAGUCACUGCCAAAGUCAGGUUCCCAUGGUUACACUGCAGAAACAUGAAGACACCGAAUGUCCCUGUGUAGUGGUGUCCUGUCCUCACAAGUGCAGUGUCCAGACCCUCCUGAGGAGUGAGUUGAGUGCACACUUGUCAGAGUGUGUCAAUGCCCCCAGCACCUGUAGUUUUAAGCGCUAUGGCUGCAUUUUUCAGGGGACAAACCAGCAGAUCAAGGCCCACGAGGCCAGCUCCGCGGUGCAGCAUGUCAACCUACUGAAGGAGUGGAGCAGCUCCCUGGAGAAGAAGGUUUCCUUGCUGCAGAAUGAAAGUGUGGAAAAAAACAAGAGCAUACAAAGUCUGCACAAUCAGAUAUGUAGCUUUGAAAUUGAGAUUGAGAGACAAAAGGAAAUGCUUCGAAAUAACGAAUCCAAAAUACUUCAUUUGCAGCGAGUAAUAGACAGCCAAGCAGAGAAACUCAAAGAGCUCGACAAAGAGAUCCGUCCCUUCCGGCAGAGCUGGGAAGAAGCAGACAGCAUGCGGAGCAGCGUGGAGUCUCUCCAGAACCGAGUGACCGAGCUGGAAAGUGUGGACAAAGGUGCAGGGCAGGCUGCUCGGAACACAGGCUUGCUGGAGUCCCAGCUGAGCAGACAUGACCAGAUGCUGAGUGUUCACGACAUCCGCCUGGCCGACAUGGACCUGCGGUUCCAGGUCCUCGAGACUGCCAGCUACAACGGGGUGCUGAUUUGGAAGAUCCGGGAUUAUAAGCGGCGGAAGCAGGAGGCCGUCAUGGGGAAGACCCUGUCUCUCUACAGCCAGCCUUUCUACACCGGCUACUUUGGCUAUAAGAUGUGUGCCAGGGUCUACCUGAAUGGGGAUGGCAUGGGGAAGGGGACGCAUUUGUCGCUGUUCUUUGUCAUCAUGCGUGGAGAGUACGAUGCUCUGCUUCCUUGGCCAUUCAAGCAGAAAGUGACGCUCAUGCUGAUGGACCAGGGGUCCUCUCGGCGGCACUUGGGAGAUGCUUUCAAGCCAGACCCCAACAGCAGCAGCUUCAAGAAACCCACCGGGGAGAUGAAUAUUGCCUCUGGCUGCCCUGUCUUUGUGGCCCAGACUGUGCUAGAGAAUGGGACUUACAUCAAAGACGACACCAUUUUUAUUAAAGUCAUAGUGGAUACUUCGGACCUGCCCGACCCCUGACAGCCACCAGGGAGGUGGACUGAGCAGAAGGCAACUCCUCCGGGGGUUUGAACCGCUGUCUCCACCUAGGUCCUCGUGCUCAGAAGGGGACCUCGUGGGACAGAGGGAGCAGCAGAAGGCGGCCGCCGGCCAGAGGAGGAGCCACGCGUGAGGACGUGCUUGACAUGUUUUCUAAUAGACUAGCAACACUUCACUCUGAAGAAUUAUUUAUCCUUCGAUGAGAUAAAUACUGCUGUCAGAGAAGGUUUUCAUUUUCAUUUUUAAAGAUCUAGUUAAUUAAGGUGGAAAACAUAUAUGCUAAACAAAAAGAACCAUUUUUCUUCCUUAAACUUGAACAGCAAAAAAGAAAACACACACGCACACACACACACACACCUGGGGAUAGCUGGACAUGGCAGCAUGUUAAGUAAAAGAAGAAUUUAUGAAAUGAUAAUGCAAUUCUGAUAUAUUCAUUCUAAAAUUCAAAAGUGCAAUCUUGUUUCAAAUAUAGUAUAUUGUCUAUUUUUAAGGCCUCAUCUGGUCUCUGUUUUAAUAAUUUGUUUGUCAGAAGACCCUGAAGUACACCUAGGUCUUUUUUGAAAGUCUCUAAAUUCAGAAUCAUUUUUUAAGUUAAAGUUCGAAGAUAAUUGUUAUGCAAACAUUUUAUUUUAAAACGUUGAUAGACUGAUAUUUCUUGGAAGAAAAUGUAAAAUAUCAAACACUGGUUAUCACUUGUGAUAGGAAAGAGAAUAUUCAAUCUGUUGUUAUUUCUCGUUAGAAAUGUAAACCUUCAAUAUCUGUCGUAGUUAAUAACACUACUUCAAAAUUAUUAUGAAAGGAAAUUGCUCAUGGAUGCUGUGCAUCAUUUUCAGAUUUAUAAUUGUUUUCACCCUAAAAUAGGGCAUUAGUUGAACUUUGGAGUUCUAAACAAAAUCCUGUAGGUUUUUAAAAUUCUGCCCCAUGUGUUGAGACAAGCUCUCUAUUGCUGACAACUCCGACCUUCAGUGUCCAGUGUCCAGGGGUGGGCAGGUGACUUGUGCGGAAGGAGGCCACAGCAGAUGUGUUUCUUCAUCCUGUCAUAUUGCUGCAUUUUGUUCACGAUCUCCAAAUGCGACAUCUUGCCUAGAGAUGGUGGCAUACUGCUCAUGUGCCUUAGGUGUGACAUGCUGCUUCUGGACCCUAGCUUUGUGUUCACUGCAACUCUAGAAAGUGGUAGUUUAACCAGACUUUUCUCUUGAUCACUAGAUCUUCACCUUUUCAAGGGCCCUCAGACAGCCCUGUACCUGCUGAGGAAGUCAGGCUCCCAUGUCCGCUCUGGAGCCUCCACUCUUAAUUAUCACAGAUUCCAAAUCUCUGGGCCCCAAAAGUGAGCGCCUAGGCCAAGCAUGGCAGGAGCUGCCUGUCUCCCUGCUAUGGAGCCCCUGCCACUUGAAGCAGAACCCUCUCUGAGCAUUCCAGAGACUGCCACUCCGGGGGCUGCCUGGCUGGGCCACGGCAGGUACCCGCGACCACCACCCUCUCAGGAAGGGUGGUCUCGGGGUUCGUCGCCCCAGCCUGCAGCUGCCCAAGUGGCACCUUCGUAACACUGUUUACCUUCUCUCCAUGGUCCAACUGUGAUAGAAGCCGGAGCGCUGCCUCCUUGUGCCCCUUUGCUAUGCACCACGCUUCAUGGGUGCUCUUUCCACUGACGGGUGCUACACGUGACGGGUGCUUCUUAGGCAAAACCAAUGUGUGUGACCACCGCAUCUGUGCCACUCAUCCAAAGGACGCGCCCGCGAUUGGCCAGCUGGGCCGUGCCUCCAACUGCCUGCCUCUGGGCUCCCCCACCGUCGUGUGGGGACGACUGGGUUGGUGCCCGGCGGCCCCCAUGGCUCUGGUGCUGCCACCUGCCCUGGGUGUGCCUUUGCCCCAGUGCCUGCUGGGAGUGCCCUCCCCUCGCACACCACCCCCUGCUUCUGGAAGUGACCUCACCGGUCCCAAGCACCUGCCCUUCCAGUUACGAUGCUCAGCUGUCCCCACCUUUCCUUUGUCCACCCCUCAACCCCCCGAUUGCUCUGAGGGCGAAUCUCUGUUACCGGUUCUGCCCAUGAAGGAAUCGUGUGUCCCUGCUCAAAGGCAGGACUUCCUGCAGGUGCGCAGAACCACUGUUCCCCGAAGGUGUCCCCAGCCUCCUCCAAGCCUUGCCCUGUUCUAUCCUGGGGACCCAGAGGAGUGGGGAUGCCUGGCAGCCCCUGCCUGGCCUUAGAUGGCUUUCUUGAGGCCAAGGGUCACCAACAGGGACAUGCUUGUGACUCCUUCCCCCUUCACUAGGAAUACAGACAGUAUUAAUGAAUUUGGAAUAAGCAGUAUCUUGGUCUGGUAAAAAAAAAAAAAAGUUCUUUCUGUUCCCCUGGUUGAAAUCCCGUCAGGUGGGUUGCCUAGAAGCGUCGUUCCCUGGCCCCACCCAGACAUGCUCUGGUGGGAGGCGCUGGGCCCUCCUGGCGCCCUCCAGGGUGCCCGUGGACAUGGCUCGGGAGCAGACCCCAUCCCCAGGAAUGAGGAGGUGCCGCGGAAGCUUCUCCCUAGCGCUGGAGAAUAGCUGGAGGUAAUAGGUCAGUGCCUUCGGCCACUGACUGUGCCACCUCCCUCCCCCGCAUGGGACCCUGCCGGGGCACUGCGUCCUGAAGGCCCCCGUGUGUGACGUGGCCCUGACAGCACGCAGCUCCAUCCCGACUCCUCGUCCCCCCGUUUGGUGCUCGCCCCCGAGGGCUGCCUUGGGCUGUGGUCUCCAUGCAGCUGAAGCCCGCCGCCCGCCCUGGAGCACCAGCCCUCCCUGCUUCACGAGGUGUACGUGGUGCGUAUGGGGCACGCUCCCAGUUGCUACAGUGGCCAAAUCCCCUAUGGGACAAAACUGUUCCAGUGCUUUGGAGAAACCAGCACUGAGUGUCUGCACAACGAAGCCACUUGGCUUCCCCAUACACCUCAUGCCAGAAGGGACAAUAGCUUCCCGUCUCCAUCUGCUGCUGUCUGGACACGUGCCCGCCGCGGCAGGGCCGGGUCACCGGGGCCAGGUGUCCCUGACAGGUGGGGGGGGCGCCUGCUCUGGAGGGCUCAGCAUGUUCGGUGUGCGCGAGGCGCUUCUUCCGCGAGGUUGGGGUCUGGGUGGCUGGCGCAUUUGGCUCUUCAGGACUAGACCCGCCCACAGGUGGGCUGGAAUAUGCUUAACUGGGCCUAUUUUCUAAGUUGGAUUUCUGAGUUUCCUGGGUACAUUUGUAACAGAGGAGACAAUAGGAUUUCAUGUAAAUUUUCUAAGACCUGCCAGGCAAGGGUAGCACCGACUGCAGAGUCACCAGCGUGCGCUCACUGUGCAGGUGGACAGAGGAGAUGGCCACUGUCCCCGGCCCAUUCCGUCUGUGAGGCGGCCAGGUGAGCAGGGAGCCCAUGGCCAAGCCCCUUCCCUCCUCUCACCUUCCCUGGUUCUGUCUGACCUGGCGGUUCCCUGCCCUGGGACCCCUGAGGGCCGUGGUGUGCAGGAGAGCUGUCCCACGGGCGACCACCUCCAGCGUGCCCUUCAGGAGCUGGCCAGAGGCCAGGGGGGCCUCUGGCAGAGCCGACACCCCGAGGUUUUCCCUGGACCGCUGUGACUCACCUCGGUGAGGAUGGCCGGUCCCUUCCCAGACAGCCCAUCCCUUCCAGGGGCCUCAGCCGCAGGGCCCGUCACUCUCAGCAGUGUCGUGGUGGUCCCGCGGGCAGGCCUGCAUCCCACAGCUGGGGGCACCACCUGGCAGAGGAGAAGGUGUCCAGACAGAGCCCACAGCACAGCAGGGACAGCCCAAGGGACGGGGGGAGAGGGCAGGACCCAACCCACACUCCGGGGAGCCGAGGCCACACCUCCGUGCACCCGAGGGGGUGGCCCUGGCACAGGUCCGGGCCCAGCAUCUCUGCCGCCUCCACAGGGUUGGUCAGGACCCAACUCAAGGGGCCCCUGGCCCAAACCACAUCCCCCAAAACGCUUCCCUCUGGUAAUGGCCAGUGUGGGAAGGGGCUCGGGCAGAGCUGUAAAAUGCCAUUUCCUCCUAGUCCAGAUGUAGAAGCAGAGGAGAGCUAGGCAGCUGCCAGGCGCCCCUCUGCACCUGUGACUGGGUGGGCGAGGGUCCGCCGCCCCGUCUGCUGUCCAGCCCCGCACCGUGGUUCUGCCUCUCUCGGCGCAAAUCUCGACAGUGCUGUUUUCCAAGUAGGACGUGUCCCCUGGGGUCUUGUCAGAGAGGUCAGUGUGAGGCUCCAGGGCCAACAGGCCGGAGUGGGGAAGGGAGCACCCUGGGGGCGUCUCCCCCCCAGCCGCCCCACCUCACCUCAGGGGGCCCAGUCUCCGGCCCGUGGGUCCGGCUGGAGGAGGCCCCAGGGGCACCGAGCCGCGCUUGCAUUUCAUUUCUCCCGCUGCUGCCGUCUCUCUAGUCUGCCUUGUGAACUCUCGCAAUGAAGGAGGUGAAAGUCCAGGAUGGCUGUCCCACUCCUGCCGUUAGUGGUGAUGGGUUUUUUAUAACUCAGUCCCCUUAGAAAAGUAAGAUAACCUUCAACAGCAAACUAAAUGACUUAAUUGGUAAACACAAAAGCCUGUAUUAUUUCCAAGGAUUUAUAUAAGAAUUAACUGUAGAAUAUCAUCUGUGAUCAAGGAAAUGUGUAAAUCCAUGUAGACAAUUGUGUAACAUUUUUAGAAUUGUGUUCUUUCUCUGAUGGCACACCUCUUGGUUCAGUUCUAUUACCCAAAAACAAAGACCAAAGAAGGCCAAUCUCUCAUUUAACUCUGUUUUUAAUCAAUCUGCCUGUUUUAAAAAUUGCCGUCUGUAGUAACCGCUCGCUGUGAGGACCCAUCUUGACAGUCCAAGUGAUUGUGACCAGUGAUUCAUGUCCUGUUUUUCUGCUCUUCUAAGAAAAAACAACAAAAAGACAGUAUGUUAUUGCUCAGCAAUAAUCAUGUUGUUAAUGCGAGUUAACAACGUGUCUAAUCUUCUGAUAGCAUUAUUAUGUUUUAUAUUUUUGUUUACUGUAUAUUGUGUGUGGUUUUAUUUGGUAUUUAUUUGUGUUUUGAGGUCUUGCAAUGUUUUUGUGUUUCUGAUGCUAAUAACUAAAGUCUGUAAGAGUGUAGAAUGCAAAACUUUGAGAUGCUAAACUGUUUUAUUAGAGGAAAAUAAAUCUGACUAAGGA